AUGCACAGAGCUCUGUGCCAGCCAAAAAGCACAGAUUUGAAGAAGCCCAAAGGGGAGGCCUUUGCCCUGGACAGCCAGAGCGGGAGCACGGAGAGGGGGCCGGGCGGCCCAAAGGCAUCGCCGCAAGUGGGCCUGGGGACGCUGCACGAGCCCGGGGGACUAGGCCCCCCGGCGGUGCGGUGCAGGGCGGUGCGCGUGGGCGUCUGCACGCGGGGAGGACCACGCAGGCCGCUCCCGGCCCCGCCCCGAGCCCGCGCGGGCCUGGAGCUGUCAGGUCCUAGCAGCUUACCAAAGCCCUGUAAGGCACCGCCGCCCAACGCAGCGUCGCUUCCACGCACGAAUAGAAUCGGCUGUGUUUGGAGCGAGGGUCCCUGGCGGAGAUCCAGGCCUCGAGGGUCCGAGCCGUGGCCCCAGGGCGAAGCGCCGGGCUGCAGGCGUCAGGCCGAGGGGCGAGCAUCCCUGCCAGGACCUGCCUGGAGCCUGCGGAGCGCGUCCCCCCCAGGACCGGGACUGGAGCGCUUAGGGCCCUGCCACCUCGCCGCCCUGGCUGUCGCCGCCGGCCCCGCCGAGGCCGCCUGCGUCCUGUGCCAGCGCCAGCCCCGGGCGCCGGUGCGCGCCCACUGCGGCCACCGCUUCUGCCGGGCGUGCGUGCUGCGCUUCUGGGACGAGGACGACGCGGCCUUCCCGUGCCCCGAGUGCGCCCACGAUGACUGGCAGCUCGCCCUGGAGCCCGGCCGGGCCCCGCUCAGCCGCCGCCUGCUGGCGCUCGAGGAGGCGGCCGCGGGGCCCGCGCGCGAUGGCCGGGCCAGCGAGGCGGCGCUGCAGCUGCUCUGCCUCUCGGACACCGGCCCCCUGUGCACCUCCUGCCGCCGGGCCAACGACCCCGAGCCCCCCGGGUUCGAGCCGCGCUGGAGGAAGGCGCUGCGCGGCAAGGAGAGCAGGGAGUCCGUGGAGACCAUGCGCAAGGACCUGAAGGAUGCCCGGGAUCUCCACGGCCAAGCUGAGUCUGCCGCCGCCGUGUGGAAGAGCCACGUGAUGGACCGGAGGAAGAAGACACUGACCGAAUACCGGAGGCUGCGGGCCUUCUUCACCGAGGAGGAGCAGCGCUUCCUGCAGGAGGCAGAGCAGGGUGAGGGGGCUCCGGAGCCUGCCGAGCCCACCCAGCGCUUCGGCUCCCUGCUGCAGGCUGUCUUGGAGCUGGAGAUGAGGCUCCGCAGCUUGGGCCUCGGCGUGCUGCUGCAGUGAGGUCUCCACACGCCAGCGCAAAGCGGAGGUGAGGCGCCACGACUCCUGCAGAAGCAGCAGCAGAUCUUCCACCCUGCUUCACCCCGUCCGGGGGCCCCUGUCUGGUUGUCACCAGUUCCUCCAUGUCCAGAGGCACGAAGCCCCUCCUUGCUGUACCCCUACCCACCAGCCCAGUGUUCCAUCUCCUCAUAAAGCUCUUGUGGCAA